UGGUGCUAUUGUGGACAAGCGCUUGGCGCUCCUGCAGAUGAGCGUGUGUUCUCCAGGCUGCCCUGAUGGAUAAAUGCUGAGAGGCGGCCGAGCCCAUGGUGACCUCUGUCGCUUUUACUAUGUCUGCAGAGGCAGCAAUGAUGCUCUGUCGGAGGACCCGAAGUCUGGUGCGCGGAUGAGUUUUCGAGUGCUCUGCAGCCUGAGCAGAAGAAACACGAUCUGGCAGACUGGAUGCAAACCACCCAGGAUGUUUUAACUGCGCUGCCUGUUAACUUUUUGUCUUUUAAUUCUUUUGCUGUUUUUGACUUCAUUUGGAUGCCUUUUUGUGGGAGUUUUCGUGUUGCUCUGCAGGGAGCAGACAUGGUUUUGCGCACUGGAAGUUUAACCCUGCUCUCCUAAACUCCCCAUCUUUUGAGUUUUUUUUUUUUUUUUUUUUUUUUCCCACCACAAGUUUAUAACCGAGUCUGCAGGAGGAUUGAGGCACGAAAGAGCAAAUGGCCAACGAGCGCAAACCGCGGCUCUGCAUCAUGGCAAAGGGGGACAGCGGGUACGGGUUCCACUUGCACGGCGAGAAAGGGAAGAACGGCCAAUAUAUCCGCAAAGUGGAGCCGGGGUCCCCGGCGGAAGCGUCGGGAAUGCGCGCCGGGGACAGGGUGGUCGCGGUGAACGGAGUCAACGUGGAGCGAGAGACGCACCACCAGGUGGUACAGCGGAUCAAGGCAGUAGAAAACGAGACAAGGCUGCUGGUCGUCGAUCAGGAGACAUACGAAAGCCUCCGCAGCCUGCAUCUGACGGCCACAGAGGAGAUGGCCGUUCUCGGGACAGAGGCUCUCCCCGCCGCUUCUUCCCCUCCGGCCUCCUCCUCGCCGACGCCCUCCUCCACUCCUUCCUCCCCCACCAAGAAGCGCCAGAACGGCUCUGUGUCCAAGCAGGGCAGCCAUGUGCAGAAGCCCACAAGGCGGUCGCCUUCGAAGGCUGCAAAGAAGGAGACCUCAACAGAAGUGGAGAUUCAGUCUCAGCCUCAGGACCAGCCCCCCCGGCAGGUCGACCCGUCUGAGCUCGCUCCACGUCUGUGCCACCUGACUCGGUCAGUGGGGGGCUAUGGCUUCAACCUACACAGCGACCGGUCACGGCCCGGUCAGUACAUCCGCUCCCUGGACCCGGGGUCGCCCGCCGAGCUUGCCGGACUGCGACCACAAGACAGACUAGUUGAGGUGAACGGCGUGAACAUCGAGGGCAUGAGGCAUACAGAGGUAGUGGCCUUCAUAAAGAAAGGGGGAGACGAGACCUGGCUGCUGGUGGUGGAUCCAGAAACGGAUGAACACUUCAAGAGAAGAGGAGUGAUCCCCACGAUCAGCCACGUCAAAGAUUAUGACGGUCCUUCCAUAUCCAACGGAUCGCCCAGCCCUCAGGUCAACGGCAGCUCCACCACGCAGUCCUUCAGGUCGACGCGCUCAGACCUCAGCACGCAGCUGGCAGACGACGACGGCAGCCAGCUCAUGGACCCCUUCGCCGAGAUCGGCCUGAGACUCGCCGCCACGGCGGCGGAGGAAAAGAUGAAAAUCCAUGCCAAGGAGAAGAAGAAGGCGCCACAGAUGGACUGGAUGAAGAAAUACGAGCUGUUCAGUAACUUCUAAUCUUAGUUUCUUGCCUCGCGAGACUUUGCGAAAGGCAUUUCCUAAAAAUCGAACUUCUCUGAAUAAGAAGCUUUUCCUAUACUCAGAUGAGAAUAAUCCCGACACACGAGGGACACAUUUUCUCUUUUCUCAACACCUUUUCUCUCAGUCAACUAUUUGAUUCAGCCUCCUCCUCUGAGAGACUCGGAAUAGCAGCUAUUUUUUAUAUUUAAAAACCACAAACAAGAGUAAACAAGCAGCUUCCUGUUAUGGAAAGCCUUCUAAAGAGGUUACUGGACACUGUGACAUGAAUGAUUGGUGGGAGUUUAUAUAUAUUUUUUUUUUCAAAUUAGCCUGAGGAAGCAGGCAGAAGCACCACUGUGAAAGACUCUGCACCUCCAUCCCAUGCAGACAAUGUACAACCAAGAAAACAUCGCUGUGUAUUCUGUCUUACGUGUAUUUUUACGUCAAGUAUAUCGUCAUUAAUCAUCGUUGUCAUUAACGUACGCCUGUUUGCGAAACAUAAAAAUAAUUCAAGAGAACUUCUUCAUGCUCUAAUCACCAAUAUCUCCUUAUCUGAAGACAAAGGGAGUGACCACUAAGGGAAGAAGAGGGAAGGAGCUCCAGGUUCAUAGAAAGGAUGUGUUUUAAAGUUUAUCGCAAAACAAACACCUUUCUGAAUCACUUAAUAUUUCAGAGAAACAUUUUUGAAAAAUCUAGUAAGAGAUUAGCAUAAUCAGAGAAACUUAAAUUAAAGUGGUUUAAUGGGAAGGUUGUUUUAUGAGUUCAGACAUUUUUUUUUUUGUUCGUUUAUUUGUUUGUCAAAGAACUUGUGGAGGCAACAUUUAACUGCAGGCCAAGUAGCAUUCUACUAAUAAUUCAGUAUUAAUUAUUUUUCUUUUAUAUUAUUAGACUUAUGAAGCAGAUACGAUUGUGAAGGCUACACCUUUUUCUUUGUUACUAGGAUACUUGGAAAGUUUUAGAUUGUAGUAGUACAGUAGGAGUGUAGUCUCGUUUUACAAGAUGUGGGAAAAGCCUUAAAAUAAAUUCGAAAGUUUAUUAGACUUUUAUGAAGUUCAAUUUACAGUGAAUGAGUUUGUGUGUAAAUAUGUCGUAACACAGGGCUGGGCUGAAGAGGAACCCAUAAUUAUUACGCCUUUAUUCCCUGUGACGCAGCAAAGACCUCUGGGUAACCAAGUCUCCAUAACAACCAUUAGACUCUAUCUACUUACUAGCAGGUGGUUUGGGAGGCAUACCAAAAAAAAAAGUAAUUUCUAUCCUACUAUCAGAGAUAAAAAAAAAAGGCUGCUCAACUCAAAGGGAAUCUUAACUUUGUUCAGAUAAAAGUAAAACUACACUCAAGUUGAAAACAUUCAAAUUGCAAGUUUACCAGCACCGCCAAUUUAUUGAAUUAGAAGUGAUAGUAAAUGGUCUUUGCCAAAAUAAUUUACUACAUUUUUGUUUUUUGUUUUUUUGUGCACGGACAUAUUGGAUAUUAAACUUCGGGUUGCGUGACAAGUUCAGACUUUCCCAGUCACUACUCCAACUUGAGAAGAUGUUCUUAUUUUUUACAACAAACAUGAAGAAAAAAA